CUUGUUGGUUUUCUUCCAGCUCAGAAUAUUCUGUUUGUGUUUCUGGCAUGACAUCAUGCCCCAGUGACACCAGCCCGCGUGAUGUCACCCCACCGUGUCCCAGUGCCCUCGGCUGCAGUGCGGUCAUGGUCAUGUCGCAUGUCCUGUGUCCCACUGCCACCACCAGCUGGCACCAGGGCUUUUCCACCAGUGAACUGGGGCUGUGAGGACAGGGUGAUGUUAAGUGGAACGUUGUGGCUGGUCGUUUUUAGCUGACAGGACAAAAAACCUGUUUUGGUUCACAGUUGAUGGUGUGUCCUGGUGAGUUAUGUGUGACAGACUGCCAAGGGAUAAGCACAGCAAAACACCGUGUCCUGUCAGGCAACCGGGGGAUGUACACGGGAAAACAACAAAUCCCAUCAGGCAGCAGUGGGGCUGGCCCUGGGAUGCUGUGGAUUUGCCUUAGGUUGGUUUUUGGGCUGUGGGUGCUGCCAUUCCCCUGCAGAGCUUUGGCUGGUGCAGAGGGUGAGCCCUCCCUGCAGCCUCUCCCAUGCUGGAACACCCGGAAUGGCUCUUGUCAGCACCGUGCUGGAUGUGUUCAUAAACUUCCCAAGAGUUCCUGUCUGCAGGGCUCUGCCAAAUGAAUUUCCCUCUCUGACAGAGGGUCAGAGGGGGCUUGCAAAUGGUAUUUCUGCAAGACAUCAGCAGCCUGUGCUCUGUCAGUUUUACUUCCAGUUUCCACUUCAAAUAUUGAUGGUCUUGAAAGUGCACUUGGAUCCCAGACAUUUUCCAUCACAGAACAAAUCAAGAGCUCCUCUCCUAUCUCAGAGCAAUACAGACAGCUUAAUAUCAUAUGACCUCAUUUCUUCAAAUUAAAUGAAAGAAGAAUUUUCACUAGCUUUCCAUGAAGCUCAGCUAUUGCCUGUUAAUUUUGACUGUUAGUGCUGGUCUUUCAGCUGGAUUCACAGUGGAAAAUGUAGCUUUUAACAGGACAGUUGCUUUUAGGCCUUUCAAUGCAUCACUUCAUGCAGUGUCUCAAGCUUUAAUAAGUUCUCCAGCACACCAUGAUAUCAUAGCCAAAGAGGGGAGCAGUGUUUUAAUUGAAUGUAAACUGAACAUCAGCCAGUAUGAACAUAUCCUUUGGUAUAACUCCAGAGGACACCUGCUUGAACAGAAAGAUGAAGAUGACCGGUGGAGGAUUGCUGAUAAUUCCCUCAACAUCACAAAGGUCAGCUUUGCCGACCGGGGCCGGUACACGUGUGCAGGCGUGAAUCAGAACGAGACCUUGUACUACACAGUCACCCUGAGGGUUAUUUUCACCUCAGGGGACAUGAGCAUCUACUACAUGAUCGUGUGCCUCGUUGCCUUUGCCAUCACCCUCAUUCUGAACAUCACCCGCCUGUGCAUGAUGAGCAGCCACCUCCGCAAGACAGAGAAGGCCAUCAACGAGUUCUUCCGCACGGAAGGGGCCGAGAAGCUGCAGAAAGCUUUCGAGAUAGCCAAGCGCAUCCCCAUCAUCACCUCCGCCAAAACACUCGAGCUGGCCAAAGUCACUCAGUUCAAGACCAUGGAGUUCGCUCGCUACAUCGAAGAGCUCGCCAGGAGCAUUCCCCUCCCUCCUCUGAUCCUUAACUGCAGGGCCUUCAUGGAGGAGAUCUUCGAGGCCGUGCGGGUGGAGGACCCCGACGAGGUGGGCAGGGAGGAGAAGCAGCCCGGGGGCUGUGGGGCGCCGGCCGCGCUCUUCCCCGGCAGCGCCCCCGUCAAGCGCAGCCACUCCCCGGCCGCAGACUCGGACGACGGCUCCCUGAGCGAGCAGGGCCAGGAGAUCGCCGUGCAGGUGUCCAUCCACCCCCAGAGCCAGGGCCACAGCAUCGACACCGUGUCCCACGGCAGCUGCCACUCUGUGCCUGCUGAGGAGGGCGCCUGCUGAGCCACAGCUCGGGCUCUGUGAGAAAAGGGUCUGCAAACAAGCUGCCUCAUCCCAGGUGCACAAGAGUUUUCCAAGUUGCGAGGUGCCAGCAGUAGUUUGAAGUGUGUAUUUUCUGUCUGUGUUGAUUAAAACAAUUCCAGUCUGCUAGAAAAGGCUGUUUGGAAUAUUGUGUGAGGGCUUUUCUUUCUAGAGGAGGCUUGCUAUAUUUAAAAUAGUUACAAAACAGGAAUUCUUUGUCCUUGGCUCCUUGGUAGCUUUUGAUACUUCAGAUCCGUGUGAGAAGGGACCAAGCUGAGCAGUACAACUUGCAAUAAGAACUUUUCCUUUGUGAGCUCCUUCUUUAUUCACCAAGUUGAGCUGAAAUUCCUUUGAGUCAGUGGUGUUGUCCUGAUGAAUUGAGUUCUGUGCUCUUUUUGAGUUGCCUCUUGGUGUGUGUAGCCCAUCAGAACCACGGUGAGCUUGAACAAAUCUGUUUCGUGUCACAUGCUUGUGUUGCUAUCAAAAUGUACUGUACUUAGAAAAGAAUAGUGCCAGGAUCUGCUGCUGGAUUAAAUGAAUUGUUGUAGUUUCAAAGCAGCUUAAAGAACAGCCAGGAGGUCUCAAGUUUUCUGUACAUCUGCAGGAAAUUUGUGGGUAUUUUAAAAGCUUGUUGCUUAAACUUGGUGCUGAUUGCCAAAGCGCCUUACCCUGGUCCUGUCCCACAGAAUGGUGCAGUGACAGCACUUCUGGCACUGCCUGGCUUUCCAUUGUGCUGAUUUCACUCUCACUAUAGAAAAUCCAAAGUUUUAUAUUGUAUUUGAUGUUGUGGUGAGAAAAGGAUGACAGUAAUCACAUCGUGGCAAAACAGAAAUGAAUUCAUCAUCUACAGACAGGUGUCUGAGGCUCAUCUUCCUGAACAGCAUUGUCAUACAGCAGGUGAAAAGCAGUGACACUGAGUGGCUCUGCUCUGGCUGGUGCUGUCAGCAGGCAGUGGCAGAGGAGUGGGGCUGGCUGAGCUCUUUGCCAGCCCCUGUUGGCAGCAGGGGAGUGACUCACUGGUGGAGCCCAGCCUGGGCGCUGCAGAGGUGCCAGAAGGGAGCUGCAGCUGCUGACAUAUGUGCACAAAUCCUUCACCAAGGAUCUCCCACCUGGCUUCCUCAGCUGUAGAGAUCCAGCCUCCAGGAAUCAGAGUGCAGACAAGAAUCUACUUUCUUCUUCCACUCUUUGGUGCUGUUUUUUUUUUUUUUUCUCCUUAACAUUUGUAUCACUUAAAUAGCAUUUUAUAUCCUGUUGAGAUUUAGUAGAUGUAAAGCUUGUAAGCACUCCACAUAUUAAUUUCUUACAACUACUGGAAGCAUAUUGCCAUAUAAUUUUAACAGCUUGGCAACAGGAGUGCCAUUUAAUUUCACACAACUCUUUUUUCUUUCCUUAUUAUUACAGAAAUGUCAGUUGAACAAGUGAUUCUGGAGGGCUGCUCAGGAUUCUUAAGAGGAUUUGACAUUACAUUUACAUGAGUAGAGGUGGAAAACAAGCAGACACAGUGGUAAUGGCAGGGUGGGGCAGUCUGUGGUAAUGCAUGCUCAGGAAGAAGGGGCUGCAUGAAUUACAGUAACCAUAUCAGAGACAGGGAAAUGACAGCAUCUCUUACCAUUUUAAACUACCUUCUGGGGAAAUUCCUGCAGUCAGCCACCAGGUAAAUCACCCUAGUUGCCUUUGGCCUGUCAGGUAAGAGUAGUGUUAGUCAGGAAGGAAAUUGCUAGCCUUUAUUACAGUAACAUUCCCACCAGCUUGGUGCCAUUUCCAAAACUGUAGCAAACUUUGUCUGUUUCAGGGGAAUAAACCUGAGAGCUGCCUCAACAGUGACUUCUUUUUUUGCUUCCAUAGUUUGAUGGCACUUUAUGUCCAGGUGAAAAUUUUGUAUAGUUUUGUGUAACCUGUUUGGCUUCUUUUUUGAGGUUAUCAGUGUUAAAAGAUACUCUGUGGAUAAAUAUCUAUUUCUCUUGGAAGAAGGAAGCUGCUGGCUUCACUUCUGUGCUGCAAUGGGUUCUGCAGGUUUGUUGCACACGUGUGAGGGGAGAUUUGAGAGUUUGCAACCCACUGGUUGAAAGAGGUGAAGGCUACAAAAGAAAAUUAUUUGCUUUAAUCUCCUUUGUGCCACAGGCCAUCAGAAUGUACCUGCACCUGCCUUAUUUCCCUAUAAACAGCUCUCCUUGCUUCUCUGGAGCUGUUGCAGAAUGUGCAACAUACGGAUGUGUUACCCCUAAAUAAAACCACAGUGAGAGAUGCCACUGCAAAAUCUAAACAAUUUAAUUGCUUCCCAAGAAGCAGUUAUGAUUGACAGAUGUCACAUCAGAAGUGGCAGCAGAAUGACACUGGAGGUGUGUCAGAUGAGUGACAGGACAGAGCUGUUUCAAGACAGAUUUGAUCUCUUUUUUGAUUUUUAUACUUUAUUUACACAGCUCCAAGUUCUUGCCAAGCACAUUUAGUGCUGGUGUCUUCAUACAUCCUCUUGCUGGUUGAAAGAGUGACCAUGCAUAAAGGUCCUCAGAAAUGCAGUUGCAAUGUCAAUUGCUGCAUAGCAAAGCUGAGAGUUUUCCUGAAUUACUGCAGUAUUUUGUUCCUUACAUGAAUUUCAUUCCUGGGAAGGAGGUUGUUUUGUAAGGAUUUCAGUAUAUCAGGAGCACCCUCUGAAUGGAGGAACUGAUCCUACUCCCACUGAAUUCAAUUAGAGAGGAUUUGGAGCUCUGUGCAUUUUACAGGAUUUUUAUGUAUCUGAAAGCAAGGACGAAGGUGAUGUUAAAUGGUAAAAGUGAUUUCCAGAUAAUGAAAUUUGACACCAGUUUCCAAACAACUUGUGAACUAUUCUUGUUACCCUGAGAGUAGAUGUGUGCACUUAAUGUCUUUGAUGAAUCUAAUUGAACAUUAACAUGGAAAGUGUUUCUCUCUUAACUUUUUGUAGGAUGAGGAGAAUCUACAGUGGUUUCCUUGCUUUAAACUAAAGUCUCUGACAAUCAGAAGGCUAUUCUAUCUGUGACUUAUUUUAAAAAAUAUAAAAUCUACUUGUUAUCCAAGAGUACCCAAAACUAACUUUGUAGUGAUUAUUUGUAUUACCUGGAUUGUAAUGUAACUGUUUAAUGUAACCACAUAGGAUUUCAUACUUUCAUAAAAUGAAUUGGUAGAUUUGCAAAAUAAAUUGAAAAGAAAAACCUUGUUCUGCUGGAAUUUUCUGUUUUACAAGUGAGGAGUGCCUGUCUCUCUGAGGUUAUGUAGCAGCUGCAUUGAGCUCAGCAGAAUGUUGUUAAUCAGCCUGACAGAGGUUAUUGGGAUAUUCACUCAUCUGAAGGACCAUUCCUGCUAUAACAUCUUUGAAUCUUUUAUUUUUUUUUUUUUGUCUCACAGUCUUCAACAGCAUCUAAUAAUUGUUCCCAGCUGCAUAUACAAACAGGUACAGGCCUGAAAUGGUUUCAGGAAGGCCCUCAAACCUUUACUUCUUUGUGUGUGUGACGUUCAACCAUUAAUCUGUUUUAUUUGUUCACCUUUUUCACAUGCUGGUACUAUUCUAUAUUGUAAGCACCUUUCUUUUUGUAAUCCCUCACCCCGAACACCAAAAAGCCACCUUGCUGAGAAGGCCUCUGUAGUGCCUUCCUUGUGGUGUGCAAGUGUGAGUGAGGGCAGAAUUCACCCAGAUUGCUUUUAAAGAAGAGUCUCUGUUGCCAGUCUCUGCACAGGGCAGAUAAUGGCAUUACAGCUGAAUAUUUGGGGAUUUUCCCAUGACAAUCAGCUGCCUAAAGGAAGAAUUAUUGGACCCAUACUCCUCAGGCUAGGUCAAUACCCAGUCAGCAUCUGCUUUCUAUCUCCUUGUUGUGAGAGAUGCAUUAAUGAUAACAGUUCAGUUUUUUAAAGCUCCUGUAACCUGAUCCCUCAUGAUCCUAUCCACAGUGAACAAAUUCAUCUGCAUCCAUUUAGAGCACUUUUCCAUCUGGUAACAACAGAUCAUUGAAAAGGGAGCUGCAUUAAGGAUGAUUGUACUUUAAUUUUAGGUGCACGCCUUAAAAAAUACAUUUUUUUCUUAAUGUUACAGCACUUCUGUGAGUGAAGUCUCCAGCUGGAGACACCACAGUGUCAUUCAGCUCAGGCAAGUUACAGCUUUAUCGACUUCCCUUCAGCCAGGUCAUUUCACACCAGCUGAGUCUCUUUCCUCUCCUCUUUUUUUAAUUGGAUAGCAGCUCAUUCAGAUGUCUCCAAACACUGCCAGCUUUUUUGCAUGUGGAAGUGAGAGUUACACCAUCAUUCAAAAAAAAAAUCGUUCUGCUAGAUGCUGAAAUAUCAAAAAAGCCCUAAAAGCUGGGAAGUUGUUCUUUAUCCCUGGUAAAGCAGUACCUCUUCUUUGGUCAUGCCUGGCUGCCAAUGAGCACAGUAAUGCUGAGCAAUUAGGCCUUUCAUUUGCGUUAGGCUAAUUAAUUGUUUGCACAGUGCCCUGAAUAUGGAAUCAUUUUCCUUUUGGAAAGAAUAAAAGGAUUAGAAUGGCUUUA